AUGAGUUUAGGAAGAAUAAAUCAGCUUUUAUUUGGCAAGGAAUUUUUAAACUAUUUAAAUGAAAUAAACAUUCUUCUUAUUGGUGUAGGAGGCAUUGGUUGCGAAGUUUUAAAAGUGUUGUAAUAGUUUAAAGUGAAGUCUUUACAUAUUUUGGAUUUAGAUACAAUUGAAGUUUCAAAUCUCAAUCGUCAGUUUUUGUUUCGUAAACAUCACAGAGGACAUUUUAAAGCACACGUAGCUAGAGAUGUUUUGAAGCAAGAAUAUCCUGAUAUGAAUAUUAUUUCAUAUAACAGCAAUAUUAAGGAUGCUUAAUUUGGGUUAAAGUUCUUUAAAAACUUCUAGCUUGUCAUUAUGGCUCUUGAUAAUUAAGAAACCAGGUCUUUUGUAAACAAAUAAUGCAUGAUAUUGAAUAUUCCUUUGAUAGAUGCAGGAACAACUGGAUAUAAAGGAUAGAGCUUUAUAUUGAAGAGAGGAGAGACUAGAUGCUACGACUGCUUCCCUAGAUCUGAAAAUAAGAAAACCUACCCUGCUUGCACUAUCAGAACUCUUCCUGAGAAGCCAGUUCACUGCAUCAUCUGGGCUAAAUAUCUUUACACUGUACUUUUUAAUGAGAAAUUAGAAGAUGACGAUGAUUCCAACCUUCUUUAGGAUAUUGCUAAAUACAUUGAAGGAGAAAACCAUACCGACCUUGAGAAAGGACAAUACCUUUUUAAGGCUAUAUUUGAAACUGAUGUUAAUAGGUAGAAGGAAGGAGAAGAUAAUUAAAAAUUUUAGCAUUUGAAAGUGCUAGUUAGAGAGGAGUUAGAGGGUAAGUUAGAUAAAUCUCAAGAUUAUUUGCAUAGAUAAGACUUAAAAUUCUUGCAAAGCACCCAUACUGAAGAAGUUUAUAUGGAUAUUUUUAUUAAGAGCUUUGAGCAUUUGAUCAAGGAAAAAAGAUAAAAAAGUUGUGUUCCCUUUGAAAAAGAUGACAAUUUGUGUAUGAAGUUUAUUACUGCUGCAUGUAAUUUACGUUGCAUAGUUUUUUCCAUUCCUCUCUAAACUUAAUUUUAGGUUAAGGAAGUUGCUGGUAAUAUUGUGCCUGCUAUUGCAAGCACUAAUUCAAUAGUAAGUGCUAUUGAAAUUACUGAAACUAUUAAAUUAUUAUAAAGACAGUUUUACAACAACCCUUAAAAAUACAAAAAUAGAGAAUUAUACAUUUAAAAUGACAUUAAAACUAAAAUCCUUGAUGCAAAACCUGGUAACUUCAAUCCUAAUUGCAUGUCUUGCAACUAGAAUUUGCUUCCUCAUAUUAUUUAUUGUGAUUUUAACAAAGUCACUCUUGGAGAGUUUAUUAAUUCUGAGCUUCGUAGCAAAGCUAUGUAGGAUGAAGAUGAUGAUGAGGGAAACGAUGAUAAUAAAUUAGUUAACUUUAGUAUUUCAAGUGGUUAAUUUAUUAUAUAUGAAGAGGAUGAGUAUCAAGAAGAAGAUGAAUAAGAGCAAAACGAAGCAAAGCGCCAAAAAUUAAUCAGUGAAAUAUUCAAAGACUUUUCUGAUAGUAGAGUUGUAGUUACAAAUGAGGAUAACAACAGCAUCCAUUAAACUUAUCUCUUCUGUCAUAUCGAGAACCACAAAAUCCCUGGUCUUGACAUAGUUCGCUAAGAAAAGAAUCCUAACAAUACAGUCACAUGGAAAACAGUGAUUGCUUAAUCAGACACUGUAAACAAAGAUGAGGAAUAAAAAAAGCAAGAAGAAGAAGAACAAAAUAAAAAGAACUAUAAGGAAGUUAAAGGAGAUGACAAAAACAAUAACACUUUAGAAAUAUUAGAUUCCGAUUCAGAAGAUGAUUUAGUUAUUUGCGAAGAUAAUGAUAAUCCAUCUCAAGGCGCCGCAGAAAAAGAAAAGAGUAAAUAAUCAAAUGGAAAAUAACCUCAUUCUGAAACUGAUGUAUCUUCUUUAAACCAAAAGAGAAAGGCAGUAUAGGAAAUUUCUGAUGGUGGAGCUAUGUAAAUAAUUGAUGACAGUGAUGAUGAAAUAAUUUUUGAAGAUUAAUAAGACAACAAAAAGUUAAAAGUGGAUUGA